AUGCAAAGUUUUCCGCUGACGGCACUUGUCUGGGGAGAUACGUUGGCUUCCGUGGCACACUGCAACCUGCAGCUGAUGUUCACCAACCGACCAGCAACAACAACAAAGGGGUCUCAUUUACGUUGGACCUUGGACAUGCCUGCAACUGGAAGACAAAAAAUGAGUGGUUUGGUGAAAGACCUUUUGGGUUGGUUCACUCUGUGUCUGCUACUGCAAGACAACCCACAGGUAACAUCAGCAACAUUGAACAAAACCCGUAAUAGAAUUGGUGUUGAGAAUCACAAUAAGACUCAAAAGGAAAAAACUACUUUAGCACAACAAUCACAUGCAAUAGAAGAUCCCACUAACUGGAACUAUUCCAUAUUAGCACUUGCAUUUGUGACACUGUUUCUGGCAUUCCUCAUCCUGGCAUUAAGCUCCAGGGCUAACAAGCGACGAAAGAUUAAGGCACUCAAUGAAGCAAAGGAGAAGAAUGAAACAGAGACGGACUUGACCCAGAAGGCAAUGAUACAAUAUGUUGUUGAAGUUGACAAUAUUACCGAGACAGACCUGAUGUUACAGAGCAAGCAGGACUAUAAUUCCUUGUACCCAGUGCCACAGACUUCAUCUCCAAAGGUCUCACCAAAACCUGGACAGAUCUUGGUUGAAUGGAAGGAUGGAAAUAUAAGUUCCCUCUUCACAGACGGAAAGGAAGAUAAUGUGUAGCACCCCUCAGUUACUGGACUGUGUUUGGCUUAAAUAAUUUAAUUACAAGAAUUAUUGACUUUUAUCUUAAAGUAUUUCCAAUAAAUAAAAGGAAAAUUGGGUAGCAAUUUGGCUACAAAAGGGGGAAAGGUGAGUGAAGAUUUGGGGUAGGAAUAUGCCACUUGGGUUAUUGCUGGGAAUACUAUCAUUCAAAAUUUACUCAGGGCUUAGAAAUAAAAUUUAAAAAUUUGAAAAAAAACACCAAAAUGAGGGCAAUGUUUAAUUCCAAGGAGGACUGUGACUAGUGCAUUGAUAAAUCUAAAAUAAAGCAGAAAAUAUUGGAAAUCCUCAGCAGAUCAGGCACUGAUGAACGAUCAUUGACCUGAAGCACUGACCCUGUUUUCCUCUACACAGAUGCUGCCUGACCUACUGAGUAAUUUCUAUUUCAUUUCCAAUUUGCCUUGUAGCAUUUUGUUUUUGCAUUAAUGACUGAAUUGGAAACUAAUUUUAAUUUGCCAAGUGUGAGGUAUUAUCUUCAAUAGAAAGAUACACUGUUUGGAAAAUGAGAGUCUAAACUGGCUAAACAAAGGAAAGGAAUACAUACAGUAUACCCAAACUAAACCCACACGUUAACAAGAUCACAAGAAGGCAAGGGCAGAACUGGAGUUUAACCCUUUAGCAAUAGAAUGCAAAAGCAGAGAAGGAUAUGUUAAGUUUCUUCUUAAGCAGUCCCUCAGGUUUGAGGAUGACUUACUUCCAAUCCAGUUUUGUGGAUUCUGGCCUCUUUAACUACCUCAGUGUGGGAACCAUAGACUCUUCCACAGAUGGGGCAGGUGGUGGCCUACUGGGCAGGUGGGCUGCUUACACAAAAGCCUCUGUGUAUUCCUGAUAGCAUCCCAAAUGCUCCAUUUCCACUUUCAGGGGUCAUAGGAUAGAGAUUUCCUGUGGCGAUAUUGAAUUUGCUUUGAGCAUAUCCCUGAACCAUUUCCUCUAUCCCCCGUCAAGCACUUCCCAUGACUGACCUGGGACUAGAAUGUCUGUUUCAGUGGUCUGGUGUUGGUCAUGUGAUUAACAUGGCCUGCCCAACAUAGCCAACUGUGUAUUACAUCUUGGUUAAACUACACAUCAAAGUUAUGAAGGAGUACAAUAGCAUAGAUGAACAAAUCCAACAAAAGCAUUCAGGGGAAAAUUCUUGAAGAGUGGUAAGUGUGUGGAACUUGCUACUACAAGUAAAAUUUGAGAAAAACAGCUGCAGAGUUGGUUUGUAGGUUCCUUGUAUCUGGUGGUUCUGUAUCUGGCCUAUGUUAACAAGUAUGUCUUACUAUCUCUGUAUGUGACUAGUGCUUGUACUUUUGUCCAAUCUAUCUGGCAAAAUAACAAUGUGACUGUGACACACAAUGCUAUUAUGCAAAUCGGCAUUCAUAUUGAAUGAUUGGGGGUGGGGGGGGAAUGGUUAAGAGGCACAUGUUAGUUGGAGUCUUUGGAAUUUGCUGGCUGAUUACCAGUGAUAUGGUAUUCACUUUGCACAAGUGUCAUCUCACUCUCCCUUAGCUUCUGCAAUGCUUUGGAGAACACAGUAAGUAUGCAUAUCAAUUGUUCAUAGAACUUGCUGCAGAAUGCUAAUCUGGUGAUUAAGGAUCCAAAUACCUUUUAGCAAAAUGAUAACUGCCAUUACAAUUAUCUGGCCCCAGAUGGCAGCAAUUUAAAUUGCCCAAUCUCAUUUUCAACAUCCAGUCAACUCAGAGAGUUUAAAAGUGACAUAUGAUUAAAUCUUUUCUCUUACUUUCCCUUUCAGUCAUUCUUUUCAAUUAGAGUCAUAGUGUCAUUCAGCACGGAAACAGGCCCUUCAGCCCAACUGGUCCAUGCCAACCAAGAUUCCCAUCUAAGCUAGUCCCAUCUGGCCUAUAUCCCUCUAAACCUUUCCUAUCCAUGUACCUAUCCAAAUGCCUUUUAAAUAUUGUUAUUGUACCUGCCUCAACCCCUUCCUCUGGCAGCUCAUUCCACAAAUAAACCACCCUCUGGGUGAAAAAGUUGCUCCUCAGGUUCCUAUUAAAUCUCUCCCCUCUCACCUUAAACCUGUGUCAUCUAGUUCUUGAUUCCACAGCCCUGGGAAAAAGACUGUGUGCAUUCACCCUAACUAUGCCACCAGCGACUUUAUACACAGUUGGCCACCGUUCUUGCCUCCAAGCCAGAAGGUUCAAGAGCUCCCCCCCCCCCCCAAGAUACUUGAGCACAAAUCUCACAACAUGUUCCAGAUUAAUAAGAGAGUGCUUCAUUGUCAACAGUGCCAUCUUUAAACUAAGACCCUCUCUGCUCUCUCAGGUGGACACGAAAGGUCCCAUGGUCCUAUUUAAGGAGCAGAGGAUUUACCUCCAGCCACAUAACUAAAACAGAAUAUCUGGUAAAGAUGACAUUGCUGUUUGUGGGAGCUUGCUAUGCAUUAAUUGGCUGUUGUGCUUCCUUAUUACAAAAGUAAGUGCACUUCCUACCCUGUGCCAUCAGCAAGAAGGUUGCUAUAAAAAUGCAAGCCUUUCUCUUUCUUUCAUUUCAUUAUUCCAAGAUUUGCUUUCCUUUCCCUAUUUCUCAUCCAUUAGCUGCUUUGGUUCAAAUUUAUGCAUGUCCAGAGUUUCUUUCUUGAAUCUCAUUGAUUAAGGAGAUAUCCUGAUCAUGCCAUCCAUUAAGAUGCCUCACUACUUCACUGAGUCGUUAAUGGCUCUCACUCCCAACAAGUCCAGGUGCAAAUAUUGACUAUAAGCUGAAGGGUCCAGAAAAUUUCUUGCCUACCAAUGCCAUGGGAUGGCCAACCCAUUGUACUUAUUGGUCCAUUGUUGUCUAAUACAUGCAGAAUUAUUUGAUUGUAUUAAUGUUGGAACAUUAUUCAACAACAUGCAUAGCUAUGAAAAAGGAAAACCUGAAAGAUGUUUUAACCCAAAAUAUUCCUUUUCUCUCCAGAUUCAAAAGUAAAGGAAUGGGUUCUGGAUAGUUGAAAAAUGGUUUAGUAUGUUUUUGUCAGAUUAUCAAAAUAAAGGGCUUUUAUAACUUGUAGUGAUAAAAUACUUUUGAUUCUUUUUGGAAGUUAAAUCAAUAACAUCACUUAAACCAUCUGUUACUUUUAGAUUUUUUUCUGCCUGUAUUCUGUUUUAUUCAAGUGAAGAGCUUAGUGGGAAUAUCCCAAGAAAGCAUCAUUCACAUUUGUGGCAGUUGAUUCUUCGACUAAUCUGGGGGCCAGCCGAGAACCUCCAGUGCCAAACUAUUUCAGUAUUAGUUGUGCUGCCAAGCACCCACUUAAAUUAGUAAGUUGUAACUUGCUCUUUAGCCUGGUCUCACAUAAAUUGUCAUAGAAAUGAAGUCUCCUUCUGAAAUCUGUAUAAAGUGGCAAAGUCCUUAAAGGGUGGAGUGUAACUGACUAAUUACUCGUAUUAUACUGUAUCAAAACAAUUCAAAAAGAUGAGCCACACAAUCUUGCCAUUUUGUACUUUGUAUUUACAAAUUUCUAGCAUAACUUUGAUACUUUUCUUUGUACUGGAAACAGUUUUAAUUUAAGUAAAAUUAUAUCAACAAUUUUUGU